AAAAAGAUCAAAAUAUCGUCCGCCCUCUUUGCCGGUAACGAACAAUUGGGCACUCGAACCAACAAGGGCCGCCACCAACGCAAACCGCGCGGCAGAGAAUGCUGGCACUGCGGCGAGAUUGGACAUUUCGCCAAAGACUGCCCGAACGAAGCCCAGGAGGGCGCCCAAGACGGCAAGACCUCCAAGAAGGGCAAUAAGACCACCGAGAAGAAGGACGGCAGCGUAUUCGUCACAAUCGACGGCGAUUGUGUGCAAAGCCCCCACCUUUGGCUACUCGACGGCGGCGCCAGUCGCCAUAUCUGUGUCGACGACACACUAUUUGACCGGAUCACACCAUCGUCGGACCAAAUCCUCACAGCGGAUGGACGAUACACAAAAGCCAGCGGCGUGGGCACCGUCACACUCAAGGUGAACCUCGGUUACGGCAAGCAAGGUACCAUUACCCUCCUCGACGUGCUAUACAUGCCCACCUUUGCAAUUAACCUAAUCUCGCAAGGGGCAAUGCACGGGCUACUGCGACUCCAGCGCAGAGGAAGCGCAACGCUUGCCUUGAAUCGCCAGGGAGAGGUCGUGUGCCGCGCCAUGCACAUUGGAAACCUGGCCUACCUCAACGUCGCGGGGGCUAAGGUUGCAAACCUCGUGGUAUCCAGCGGGACCGCAGACGUCUGGCACAAACGCCUGGGACACCCCAGUCUUCAAAGGAUGAAAGAACUUGGAAGAACCAUCCCUGAGAUCUGCACUAACGGUGGCGAUUUCAAAUGCGAUGUCUGCGAAAUCAACAAAUCGCACAAGCUUCCUUUCAACCGAAGGACCACUGUCAGUCAUCGACCCCUUGAACUGGUUCACACUGACGUUGUGGGACGAAUGCCGGACGAGAGCCCAGAAGGAUACAGAUACGCCGUCACCUUCGUUGACAAUUACACCCGAUUCACCACCGUAUACCUAAUGCAGCGCAAGAGUGAGGUCUUCGAACACUUCAAAACCUACAAGGCACGCAUGGAGACACAGACAGGUAGCAUCCUCAAGCGCAUCAGGUCCGACAACGGCGGUGAAUACAUCAGCAAAGAAUUCGACGAAUACAUGGCCACGAACGGCAUCAUCCACGAGCUAACCUGUCCAUACACACCCGAGCAGAACGGCAUCGCCGAGCGAAUGAAUCGCACCCUCUUCAAGAAGGUACGAUGUAUGCUAUCCGAAUGUGGCGCCCCUCGCAAGAUGUGGGGGGAGGCACUGCUGCACGCCACCUAUUUGACAAACCGGCUACCCACAAAAGCGACGAACCUGGCAAGCCCAGUGUCCCUCUUCCUUGGAUCUGAGACUGGAACCAAAGACCUCCGCGUCUUUGGCUGUGCAGCCUGGGUCCACAUACCAGAAGAGCGAAGAGACAAACUUGGAGAACGAGCAAUUCGGGCAGCAUACCUGGGAAUUGCCGCCGAUACCAAGGGUCACAAACUGAUUGACCCACUAACAGGGACAAUCCUCGUAUCACGACACGUCAGGUUCGACGAGAACCGAUUCCCAUUCAAGACCAGAACCCUCGGCGACCUCGCGAGGCACACUAAAUCGACGGGUUGGCCAAUCCUACAGAGCGAAGAUCACGAACCGCUGGGGGAGAUCAUCAAUACCCAUGCCGACGACACUAUCGCUAGCGACUCCGACGAACAGGGACAUACCGCAUCAGAACCUGGCACGCCACCCCUGGUGGCAACGAAUGAUGACGACGACGAGAUUGGCACCCCACCACCCGUCGCCCUGGCAACUAUCGAGGGCGAUACGGCCACAUCAGGCUCAAUCAGCGAACUCGACAAUGAACCAUGGACACUCAAGGCCGCAAUGGGGCGCCCAGACUGGCCACUAUGGGAAGAAGCCAUCAAGAGGGAACUAGAGUCACACGCAACAAACAAUACGUGGACAGUGGUACCAACUCCCACGCGGGCAAACAUCAUCGGUUGCAAAUGGGUGUUCAAGGUCAAACGUAAAGCCGAUGGCAGCAUCGACAAGUACAAAGCCAGACUAGUAGCACAGGGGUUCAGCCAGAAACACGGUAUCGACUACGAUGAAACGUUCGCCCCGGUGGUCAAGCUCAAGACACUUCGACUUCUCAUGAUCCUAUCGCUCCAACUUGGGCUCACCAUCUACCAGAUGGAUGUAGUUACCGCUUAUCUCAAUGGCGACAUUGAUACAGAUAUACACAUGCGAGUUCCACCGCUCGCGCCCGACAUGGAACUAGCGGGGACUACACCAGCGGAUCGCAACCCUACAAUGAACAAGAACACCUCAGUGGUGUGCAAGCUCAACAAGUCAUUGUACGGCCUCAAACAAGCUGGACAAAACUGGUACCAGAAGGCCGACUCAACCCUUAUCCAGAUGGGGUUCACUCGAAACGAGCACGACCCUGCACUAUACACCAAGACAAUUGGCCAAGGGCCACCCGUCCUCCUCACCCUAUACGUCGACGACGUCCUCAUCUUCGCAAAGGAAAAGCGGGAUGCCGACAACGUCAUGGAACAACUACGCUCGCACUUCAAAAUGACUGGGGGAGACGAACUGUCAUACAUCCUGGGUAUACAAGUACAGACGAGCAGCAAAGGAACACACUUGUCGCAGACAAGCUACAUUAGGCGACUAUUGUUGCAGUUUGGCUUGCAAGACUCAAACUCGGUGACGACGCCAAUCAAUCCUGGCGUGGAACUCACUGGCGGCGAACAACUCGACGAGAUGAAGCAUUCGACCUACAGGACCAUCGUUGGGUCAAUCCUCUACAUAGCGACAUGCACCCGCCCGGACAUAGCCUUCGCCGUGCAGAAACUUAGCCGACACCUGGAGAACCCCACCGAGGAAGCAAUGAAGGCGGCCAAACACGCCCUCAAGUACCUGAAGGGAACGGAUACGAUGGGUCUCAUGUACUCUCGCCAGCGAGAGCUAUCCAUCGCCAACGAUGACUUUGGCAAACUUCUCGAAACGUACACUGAUGCAGACUUCGCAGGGGACACGGAGACUCGAAAAUCCACAACAGGGAUGAUCAACAACUUUGCAGGCAUGCCAUUCAGCUGGCUGUCCAAGAGGCAAGGAUUGGUCACUGACUCGACCUGCCACGCGGAAUACGUCGCGAUGCACGAGGGAGUCAAAGAGUUAACUUGGUCAAGGCGCCUGCUUGCAACCAUAGGCGUCAAAAUCGAACUAUCGUCCCCUCUACUCGUUGACAACACGGCCGCAGCCCAGCUUGCCAAGGAUCCUAAGUUCCACAAUCGAACGAAGCACAUUGACGUCAAGUACCACUUCAUCAGAGAAGCGGUGGAACAAGGAAUGGUUGAUGUCCAGGUCAUCUCAACUCAUGAUCAAUUGGCAGAUAUCAUGACGAAACCUCUCCAAAGAGUCAAAGUAGUCGAGAAUCGCGAGGGUCUACGAAUUAUAGCCCCCGAUGGUGCGAAACCCGUGGAGCGGGUAAACUAA